AGGAGGAGGAGAAGGAAAAGGAGGAGGGAGGGGGCAGACGGGAGAGAGAGUUGCACGGAGUGAGUGGAAAAAGAAAAGUCCGUGGAAAGAGAGGGAGAAAAGUGGAUGAUACCCUUUUUCUCUCUCUUCUUGUGUUUUGAUUUUUUUUGGGAGCUUCGCCAUGUGUUUCAACGCGAAUGAUUGAAUAUGCAACUUCGCAGCGAACGCAACAGAGUAACACGGAGUUCGGAACGGACACGGCGCUUCUCUAUCGGCACGACGCGAUCCGAUAUCUGACCGUAGCGACUCUGCCCGGCCACCAGGCAACGACGAGCGUCUCCUCCACGUUGGGGAGGAAAAACAAAACCAGAAAAGUCCAAACAAACUGCGGGAGGACGAGCAAAGGGGCUGGAUCUUAGCGGGAGCGGAGGAGGAAAAGUUUACAGAGGAGUUUUGUGCGCGAGAUCACCGAGAGGCUUAUUUCAUCUCUCUCUCUCUUUCUCGCUCUAUCUUCUUUCUCAGUUAGCACGACUGCUAACGAAGCGGCUACACUCGCAAACAUGAAGACCCCGGGCGAUACGGGGUUUGCCUUCCCAGACUGGGCCUAUAAGCCGGAGUCGAGCCCUGGGUCCAGACAGAUCCAGCUGUGGCACUUCAUCCUGGAGCUGUUGCGAAAAGAGGAGUACCACGAUGUCAUCGCCUGGCAGGGAGAUUACGGAGAGUUUGUCAUCAAAGACCCGGACGAGGUGGCACGACUAUGGGGCGCCCGCAAGUGCAAGCCGCAGAUGAAUUAUGACAAGCUCAGCCGAGCACUCAGAUACUACUACAACAAAAGGAUCUUGCACAAAACCAAAGGGAAAAGAUUCACCUACAAGUUCAACUUCAACAAGCUUGUGCUGGUCAACUACCCAUUCAUUGACAUGGGCUCUGCAGGUUCUGGUGUUCCACAAAGUGCUCCGCCUGUCCCCUCCGGCAUCAGCAAUCAUUUCCGUUUUCCUCCAUCUACCCCGUCUGAUGUCCUCUCUCCCAGCGAGGAACUGCGCAGUCCUGGUGUAUUCAGUGCUGUGGCUCGACGUAUGGCUCGCGGCUCAGUCUCCGACUGCAGCGAUGGGACCUCCACCAACUCCGAGCUUGAGGAAACUGGCAUGGCUCCCGGAGACGACCGCCCGGCUGAUCGUGCCUUUAGAAACCUCCUCCACCCGCGUUUGUCCCAUGAUUCCUUGUUCCGUGUCUACGGCGCACCGCCCAACCCAUCCGGGCUGCCCAGAAGCGGGCCCCACGCACCUCAACAUCGGGUGCACUCUGAACCCCUUUCCCCCUUCCCAGUGUCCCCUCUCCCAGGCCCCGGAGGCUUGAUGGGUCCUGCUCUUUCCCCAGCGCUGUCUAUGACCCCAGGCUCUCACAUGGGCUACACACCCUCCCCAUCUCUGUCACCCAUGCUGGGCUCCCACUUCUCCUUCAACCCAGAAGACAUGAAGCGGUACCUGCAAGCUCACACUCAGAGUGUCUACAACUACCACCUGAGUCCCCGUGCAUUCUUUCAUUACCCCAACAUCAUCGUCCCACAACCCCAGCGUCCAGACAAGGGGCUUGGAGGGCCAGCAGGUGUUGGUCCACAUCUUUCAAGUCACCCUCUGCAUCACCAGCCUGAGGAGCAUAAUCUAUCUCCAUUCAAGUUUAAACUACAGCCACCGCCACUGGGUCGCAAACAGAGAGAUGGGCCAAAUCAUACUGGAGCAGGGCUUUCAAAUCAUGGAGGUGCGACUGCUUCCUUCUCAUACAGCGGUGAGCCUGGUUCUGUUUCUGGGCAAGGGUCAAACUCUGCCUUAUCUGCAAUGAUGGCUAACAGCACAAACCUUGCCGGGCCCCCGAAGAUCAAGGUGGAGCCUAUGUCAGACAUGGAGUCCGAGGAAGAAGUCGAAGUCACUGACAUCAGCGAAGAGGAGCACGAAGACGACGAUUGUGACGUAUUUUCCCCACCUCACCCCAACGGUUUCCUGGCCCCUCCUCCGAGCCACGAUCGAAUGACCGACGAGGAUGAUCUCGACGAAGAUGUCUUCAAGACUCCCGCUGCCCCUACCUCAGUGGUUGGGCCGACCCUUUUGGGUCUUAAAGCAGAACCCAGGGAGCUGAACCUGUGCCAGGGUGCUCCGAUCAGCCCCGGGGGUACACUCUGCAUCCCUCUGAAGCUGCGUUUUAAACGCCGCUGGAGCGAAGACCAACGGAUGGAGGCAGAAGCCGAAGAGGCUGAGGACAAGAAGAUCAGGGCUGAGGGCGAGGAGCCUCCCCAGGAGGUGGAGGCUAUACUGGGGGAGAAAAACGGAGAGAGAGGAAGUCCUGAAAGUUUGGCUGCGCCCCUAGGGACAGGCAAGAGAAGGGUGAGCUCGGAGCUACAGCGAGCGACAGCACAGCUAUCUUUAGAAAACAACGUUUGCUAAAGAGACGUCCUCAGACACAAAUGAAUCAACACAGAGCUGUCCUCUUGAAGUGCUGAAGGCGACAUUUGCUCUAUACAUUCGAGUCGCCUUUAGAAGUUUCACAUAGACUCAUCAAUUUAGAAGACCAUCAGUCUCUGUAACCACAGGUUCAUUCACUUCAAAGUGUUGCGACACUAAGAAUCCCUAAUACUGACAUAGUCUCUUAUGAAUUUUAAGUAACUGGGCCCCUCCCCCACGUUUAGCCGGAGCUCCUCCCUUAAAUUACUCAAUCCUUCCUGUUGCUUUCUAGACUAACACCACAUGAACGGUCUCAUUCAAGCCUGGAUUCUCUCUCAAAAACUCGAUGCCUUCAAAACAAACUCACGAGAUUACAGAAGUGCCUAAACUAAACAUUGAUGCACCCCUGUAGGACAGGCAGUGAUGUGGUAACGUCAUAAUGAAUUGUUCUCCUCUCCAAGUGUUUCUUCUCCUUGUCAUUCAUGCCCGUGGAAUUCGAGGUCACGGGGUCAGGGGCCAGUGGACAUUCUACGCUUAAAACAGACACUUUGUGAUAGAGAAAAAUGAGGGAGGAUGCCAGCCCACCCUUCAAUUUUGCAGUAAUGGAUGCUCGUCUCGAGGUGAUGCGUUUUUUUUUAUCGCACGCCAAGAUUCACAUCCCUAUCCAGACAUUUCAACAACCAACUUGCCUUUUACCGUCAAACCAAGAUCGUCAAUUUUCAUCACUGCCUUUAGAGUCACCAGCAAAAUGCUGCUUUCAAUGCUGCGGUGUCCAAAAAUGGCUCAAGACACUACGUACUCCUGCUUUUCAGCGAGCUCGGCCUCAGCAAAUGGGACCAAUUGACAACAUCUUAACGUAUCUUACACGUGUAUAUACAUUGAGGAUUAGUUUUAUAUAUGUAAGUCCAUCUUCAUGACCACCAGCUGAAAUGCAAAUUAUGGAUUGUGUAUGACUAGUCCUGUUAUUUAUUUUAUUUUUUAUAAACUGUGUUACCCCUGUGGGAAGGUAGGAGGCAUCAUAUAAGUGCAGGUGAUUUUGAAGCUUCAGACAUGGUUUUAGCAUUGUAAAUGUUGCUAGAACCAUUUAUAGAACUGUAUACACCCCUGUUUUUGUAAAGAAAGGAAGUCGUCAUGGUUUGAGGGCCGUAUAUCUCAGGCGGACCUCAUCAUACACUGUUCCGCUAUUAAACACGUUGUGUUUUGAAUAGGAAGACAUCUAAUGAACAAAAUAAUGGUGCCUUUUUAUGUACAAACAGAAGACUGACUUGCCCAAUGCUUUUAAAUGGGUUGCUUUUAUUGAUACAUACAAGCUCAAUCACACAGACGAGGCCUUGUAAAAAUGACCCCAGAUUCUGCUAUUAUGCCUUAUUUAGUUUUAUACAUUAAAAGAAAAAAUUGCAUUAGAGUCCAUAUAUUCUCUCACUUUAUUGCGUUAAUCGUAUAUAUUUGAUAAAGUAAUUGCAGGUUUUGAUGAGAGUUAUAUUUCUGGAAGUAAAUCUAUAUCAAAGUUAUACAUAGUGUAGUUAAGGCCCCUGCAAUGCUUUACGGUAAAAAAAAGUGUUGUGCGCAGAGCUUAAUUGACCAAUCAUAGUGAACCUCGUCAUUAUAAGGUCUACGUAUAGUUUAACGUUGUGUCGUAUCUGCAUUCUUUGUCCCCUACAGUGUUUUAGUUGUAGAGGAUCACGUUUUAUCCAAGAUCGAACGCGUGUCACUAUUUGGCUCCGCUCUCAAACAUGCGUACGCCGUUGUCAUACGGUUACGACCAGCACCGUUUGUAGCAAAAUGCAGGGAUGUCUUUGUCAAGACCACGACUUCAAGAAAGGGAACCUCACUUUAGUAAACUGACAGAUCUAGAAAGCGGACAAACGCUUAGCCCUCAUCUGAAGAGGAAAUAGAAGGACCUGACACACUCAGUUUGUUUUGGUUUACUUUGCUGUUUUUGGAUUUUGUUCUUCUGUCUGGCGGCCUUAAACCGGUUCAGUAUCUGUAUUUCAACUGACAGCUGCCUUAUUCAUAUUUGUUAAAUAUAUUUUAUCCGUCUCUCUUUUUUCAAUAUUAACAGUGCUGUUUUAUUAUAUAUAUUUUUGGUUAUAUUACCAUUUACCGUUUUUAAUGUUGAUAUUAUUGCUUGUAUUUUUCGUUUGUAUCCUUUGCCUGAAUUUUAGCCUUUUGAGAUGAACAUUUUAUCAAAGCGCUGCCCUUUACCAUGAUAUAAGUGCUCACCGCAACGCUCUGGCUGUGUACUAAUGCUGGUUUUAUUUGUAAUUACGAAAACCAGGUUUAGGGGGCGGGGUGGUAUUAUUACAUAAUUUCUCUUUUAAUAUGUUCUUUUUUUUGUAAUAUGUACAUAUAUAUAUUUUCCAUUUUGGGGGAUGAUUUAUGAAAGACUAUUAUUUCUUUGUGUUCAUGGUCUCUCUCAUGCUUUUCUUCUUUCCAUCUUUAUCUCUCAACAGUUAUGUAAUACUUGUAAAGAGAGACGAAACUUGACAUCACGAGGAACCAUGUAUACUUUCUAGUUUCCCAUGUGGUUUAUUUUGAUCUUGUAAUUAAAACUGUAAUCAGGGUUCAUUAAAACAGGUUAAAGAGGA